ACAAAUUUGGACAAUACAGUCUAUACGUAAUAGAGUAAAUUAGAUGCAAGCAUAUAGAUACAAAUACUCACUGCCUGCUCAGACUUACUCAGCUUCUCUCUCUCCCUCUCCCUCUCUCUGGGGAAAAUACUGUAGUUCAAGUAGAUAAUUAAUUGACAAUCACUGCUCUACACAUAAAUUUAAACACAGUUGCUCGCCGUAUAAUGGCUAUCCAACGGCGGCGACGGAGCUAUCACACUCGAUUCCGUCUAUUGAUUCCGGCAAUUGCUCUAAUCUCCGGCCUUAUCCUCCUCUCCGUCUUGCUCUUCUUCUCUUUUCUCGCUCCUUCUCCCUCACACAAUCGCCAUCUUCACCGCUCAUUGAUAGAUACUCGCGGCGAUGUGGAUGCUCGUAAACUUGUCGAGUUUCGUGUUCCGGAUUAUGUCAAUGUAUCUGGUCGUAAUAUCUGGAGAUCGAAGAUGUCUGAAUUCUACUACGGUUGCAGUACCGCGAGUGACAAGUUUGCGAAGGCUGACGUUGUCACGAGGACUAAUAGGUACUUGUUGAUUGCAACUAGUGGUGGUUUAAAUCAACAAAGAACAGGGAUUACAGAUGCUGUUGUUGCUGCUCGCAUAUUAAAUGCUACUCUUGUUGUUCCAACACUGGACCAGAAGUCGUUCUGGAAGGAUUCAAGUAAUUUUUCGCAGAUUUUCAAUGUAGAUCGGUUUAUUUCGCAUCUAGCUAAAGAUGUUAAAAUCAUAAGAGAACUUCCAAAAAGGCGAGGCAGGACGUGGGCUCCAUAUACCAUGCGUGUCCCUAGAAAGUGUAGUGAUAGAUGCUACAUAAGUCGUGUUCUACCCAAUAUAUUAAAAAAGCGGGCUGUCCGGCUCACCAAGUUUGACUACAGACUAGCAAAUAAGUUGGACAGUGAUUUACAGAAGCUUAGAUGCAGAGUAAACUAUCAUGCCUUACACUUUACAGAUCCUAUUAUUGAAAUGGGUAAACAGUUGGUUAAUCGAAUGAGGAUGAAGGGCAAGCAUUACAUUGCCUUACACCUGAGGUUUGAACCCGAUAUGCUUGCAUUCUCAGGAUGUUAUUAUGGUGGAGGAGAUAAGGAGAGAAAAGAACUGGGUAAAAUACGAAGGAGGUGGAAAACUUUACAUAAUAUCAACCCAGAUAAGGGAAGACGGCAAGGAAAAUGCCCACUGACACCUGAGGAAGUAGGUCUGAUGUUGAGAGCACUUGGAUAUGAUAAAGAUGUUCACAUUUAUGUGGCUUCCGGUGAAGUUUAUCGAGGUGAAGAGUCCUUGGCUCCCCUGAAGGCACUCUUCCCAAACUGUUACUCAAAAGAUACUAUAGCUAGUGAAAGAGAGUUGGAACCAUUUGCUGGUUUUUCAUCACGCAUGGCUGCACUGGAUUAUAUAGUUUGCGAUGAAAGUAAUGUCUUUGUUACAAACAAUAAUGGUAACAUGGCAAAAAUGUUAGCUGGACGGAGGCGAUAUUUUGGUCAUAAGCCUACCAUUCGGCCUAAUGCUAAGAAACUGUCAAGAUUGUUCAUGAACCGUAAUAACAUGACUUGGGACGAAUUUUCCUUUGAAGUUCGUAAGCACCAGCAAGGCUUUAUGGGUGAACCAAAAGAGGUAAGGCCUGGCAGGGGUCAGUUUCAUGAGAAUCCAUCUGCCUGCAUAUGUGAAGAUUCUGUGGCUAAAGCAAAAGCGGAAUUGAAACUUGGAAUAUUUGGGACUGGUAACAGCACCACAAACAUGCACGUGUCUGGUUCAGUUGAUGUUCAAAAUCACCCUAGCGAGCAAGAGCAAGAGUGGUCUGAUCAGGAAGAAGAAGAAGAUGAUGACAUGAGUGACUUUCAAACUAUAAGUCAGUUAAAUGGAACAAGUAGUGAUUAUGAUGGUGGCUCCUCGGAGGAACCUGAGCUGGAAGAAUUGUUAUCAGAUUGAGCAUCAGAUCCUUUUGGUUGUCAAUAGUUCUCUGCUGCACAAUCCUACAUUUUGUAAGUUCCAGUUUAGUUGUACUUCUGUUCCCUUGCUGUAGCAUGUUGUACCAGCAGGAUGUGAUAUAGCGCUCUUUCCUAGAAGAAGUUUAUACCUGAGUAUAUUAUGCAAUCUGAAGAAAUUUCUUCCCAACCUUAGCUUUCAUGUUCGUGGUUGGAUUUCCGAUAUACAUAAGCCUAAGCUUGUAUACAAUUGUGGUACCAAUCUUUUGCUGGAGGGUCACUUAAAGAAUUAAGUUUGCAGAGAAUAGUAUCCUAAAAAACAAUUCUACAGGGCAGCGAGUAUAUAUAUCUGCCAGUUAAAUACAUCCAACUGUUGUUAUAUCUGUAUUCUUUAUACAAGUACAAUUUUCUAGGUUUUUUCCUCAAAGAAAAUAUUUGGACACUGGGUGGAGCCAAUGGGUGAUUUUAUAUUUUUUAGUAGUGUUUCCGUUGAGAAAAUCUUCUCACCAAAAUACUA